UGAGGUUGGGAGUUGCUCGACAAAAGAUGGCGUCGACGGACAAGCAUUCGCGUCGCUAUGACUCUCGUGAACCUAGAGACAGUUUUUACGGAUCUGACGGUGGAAAAUAUGGCAAAGAAUCCAAAUAUGACGAUCCGCCUCACUCGAGGCUGUUUAUUGUGUGCGGCAAAUCCAUUACCGAGGAUGAUUUCCGCGAAUCAUUUUCAAAAUACGGAACUAUCGAGGAAAUUUGGGUUGUAAAGGACAGAACAUCCGAGGAACCCAAAGGUGUUACAUACAUUAAGUUCUCGAAGACCUCAGAGGCAGCUUUGGCAAUGGAGGAAAUGAAUGGGAGAUGUAUUGGUGGUCAUCCCAGACCUUUAAAAGUUCUCAUUGCACACAGUCGAGAUCAGGGAUCAAGAAGAGAUAUGAACGAAGAAGAAAGAUUAUUGCGACUCUUUGUUGUUGUGCCAAAGACACAAAGCGAAUCUGACCUCAGAGAACAUUUUGCACAGUUUGGAGAUAUUGAUUAUGUUUCAAUUGUCCGUGAUCGAAGUACAAGAGAUAGCAAAGGUUUUGGAUACGUAAAAUAUCACAGAAUGUCUCAUGCAGCCAAAGCUUUUGAAGGUUGUGACAGAACAUAUAAACCAGUUUGCGACCCUAAACCACAGAAACCUGAAGGCAUAAAGUUUGAGGGAGGUGGACGGGAUAUUAGGAGUGAGAUUAGAGACAUAAGAGGUAUUGAUGGGGGUUAUGGUGGCUAUACUUCAGGGCCUGUAGGACCACAUCACUCUCCUUUUGAUGCAAUAUCUUACAUGGACACAAGUGGGCUAAAUCCCGAGGGGGUGACGCGGCUGACUGUUAUCGCUUCGCCACUCCUCAACCAGGACCAGCUCUGGAAGUUGUUUGACCUAAUCCCCGGUCUUGAUUACUGCGACCUCAGGAAAGACCGCAAGGCUGGACAGGUUCCGCCUCAUCAGGCCAGGGGAGUUGCAACCGUUGUGUAUAAUAAUCCACAAUCGGCUACGUAUGCUCGAGAAAAACUUCAUGGCUUUGAAUAUCCACCUGGUCAACGGCUGAUAGUGAAAUUUGAUUAUCAUGAUAUGCCUCCAGGUCCACCGCCACCAAUGAUGGGUGGGGCUCCAGGUGGACCUCCAUAUUCAGGUCUAGCAAGAGGUAUGUCAGGUGCCCUUCCUCCAUUAAAUGGAACUAUCGGUGGGAGCCCUCCAGUUGGAAUGGGUGUGUCACCGCCAGCUAAUAUUACUGGUGGUGCACAACCAAAUAAUAAUAUUCAACAGAAUCUGGCUCAGUUAGCAGAAACUAUUGCCCAAGCUACCUCGUUAAUACAAGCAGCAGGUUUAAAUCAAGGUCCAGGUGGUGGAAACAAUUUAGGAGGAAACCAGGGUCCUCCAGGUGGUGAAACUUAUGACCCUUCGUAUUGUUCGGUUAAAUUACCACCUCCUCAACCAUUGGCACCUGUUGAUUCUGCAGUAGCUGAAAGGUUGUUUAUAGUUUGCCAUCCAUCGCCGCCACCUAUAUACGCAUUAAAAGACGUCUUUGGAAGAUUUGGCAAUCUAAUAGAUAUAUAUAUGCUGAAUGGCAAAACAUUUGGCUAUGCAAAAUAUGCAGAGAAGGAAUCAGCUGAUAAAGCUAUAACGGCGUUACAUGGGCAAGAAGUGCUUGGUUCUCGUUUAAAAGUUAUGGAAGCAGAUCCACAGCAUGACAAGACUGAUUCUGGUAGAAAGAGACUGCGAAUUGACGAUCAAAGUUAACGAGGUAUGAAAGACUGCGCUUGUAAAUGCAGAUUGGCUCGGUGAAGUGCUGUAAGGGUUAGGUUGAAUAUAGCAGCUAGAUCCUCAGACCUCGUCAUCAUUUUUAUUAUAUCCUCAUAAGGCUAAGAGUAGAGUCCAAGGAUAUUGUUGCCAUUUGUUCUGUUUUGAGUUAGGGAAGAUUAAGCCUUACUGUUAUCAGAAGACUUGUGUAGUGUUGAAAUGAUGUGGUUCAGUGGGUUUUUAAUUCUUGAUCUUUAUCCUUGGAUUAUGUAUAUGCGAUGGACAAUAAUUCAUUGGACAUGAAAGAAGUUACUUGAAUGGUCCUAAUCAAGUGAUCCUCAAGUCACUGUCAUGAUUGAAUCCACUCGUUGGUCAAAACACUUGGUACGGACAUUGAGUUUCACGUUUAGGCAUGUGGUACUACUUAGCUUUCUUGUCUUGGAAAGACAUGGUAUUUUCUUGUACCUCAGACUUUGGAAAUGAAUGACCUUUUAUUUUUAUUUGUGAUUAUUUUAUUCGUUAUUUUUUUAGCUACUUUUGAAACAACGUCUUUGACUAGAAUGUGCAUGUCUUUCUCUCUUGUGCAUUUAACGUCUGUGUAACAGCAUGAGAUUGUUUCUUGUAAGUGUGUAGUUUGUAGGAUCAAGAAUACAAUAUAAGUAGUGUAAAUUCAAAUACACAAUUUUAGUUUAUGCUUCAUCUAAAAUUAUAAGGUUGUAGGAUUUUUUUUUAUAUAGUUUUGUAAAUUUAGUGUAUAUUGAUGAUACUGGCUGUGAUAACUCUGUGAUAGUUCUGAAACAUGGGUAACAUGUUGAUGAACAUUCCUACAUAUGAACUUAUUAAACAUAUUUAUUUAACCAUCUAUGAAAUGAAUGAAAUGGAACAUAUUGUAUCCGGUGUAUAUGGGUAAGGAAGAUUCAACUUUACCAGGUUCCAAUGUGAACAUGCAGCUCUUGUGUGAUUUUGCUUUGUUAUGUAAGCACUAUUUUUGUACUUCAUUACUCCCUAUAACACAAGUAUUCGAAAGGGAGGCAUACUUAACAAGCAGGUACCCUUAAACUGCUGAAACUUUAUGCAAUGUAUAUGAAUGAAUAUUGAUAAGAGUGAAUAUAUGCACACAUAAUCACAGAAUAAUUAGAAUUGUGUAGUUUUAUUAGUUUUGUUUCUGCAUGGUAAUUAAUUAUGUUUUAUUCAUUUGCUGCAUGCCAUAGUAUGGUGCCUGAUUUUUCAAGUUGAAAUAGAUAGCCUUCCUCAUUUCAUUUAUUAGUCUUAGCUUUAUAAUUGACACUACAAAAGGAGGCAAUGUAGUAUGCUUUAUUGUUCUGUUUUUGUAUUUUUUUAUAUGCAUGGUAUAUAUUUUUGUGAGUGAACAUUGAUUAUUAAGAUCUGUGGCCAGAGAUUGUACUAUGAUGUAUAGAGAAUUCCUGUCUUUAUAAUAAGAGAGGAUAUGUAGUUGCUAUUUAAGUCAUUAACUAAUCUGGCCAGUUCUUGUAUUGCACAGCAGUUUUGUCUUUACUGAAAUUCUCAUUUCCACAGCAGUGUGUUGACAUCGUGACCGUCUACCACACAACGGACAGUUAACGGACAACCAAAACAGCGACCUUAACUACCCUUAUAACCAACAGUAGAACGAACCAACCCCCUGUACCUUUAGACAACCACCUCCAACAGCCAUGCUACCAGUGACAUCAAACACACAUGCGUAUGUUGAUCAAUAAGUGGGUUUUGAGGAGAGGACCAAUUUGCCUUACUGUUGUUGCUUUGUGUGUGUGCGCAUUGGACAAAUGACUUGUAGGAGUUCAAACUUGCAGGUCAUAACUUAUGGACACAAUUUUGUUAUUAUGAUUAUCACCAUCCAGGGGAGUGUACAGAUGAGUUAAGGAUUUGUCCCAAAGCGUAGGUAUGAUGCACUGUAGAUGAGAGGAAUUUUCUUAGAAGUAAAGAUUUGAUGGAAACCCUCAGAGGAUGUAAAUGAGCACAGGUUCAUUACCCUAUUGUAAUCUUGUGUAGCUCCUAGUUGUAGAAGUAAAUCCCAGUACAACUAUGCAAGUUUUGCAUCAGUGGAUCAAAACUACUUAAAGUGUGCAUGUUUUGAAUAAACUCGUAUAUAAAUUUAGAAAUUAUUUUUUUAGAUAUAUUAAUUGAAGUAUUCUUGAACUUUUUUAUUUUGACUUUUUUUUUAUCGUAUGGUCAUGCAAGUUUAUCGGAAUCGAAAGUUACACUCCAGCUACUCCCUCUGAUGUUUAGUACUUAAUUUUUUUUCCUCACCUACUCAAGGCAGUGUUGGAGACAAUUUUACUGUGGUUAUUGUUGGAGUUCAUGACAAAAUUUGGACUGAAACAAGUAGAAAGAGACCCUAUUUUGACAUGCCUUUGUCUCCUGCCACACAUUCCAUAUCAAACUGCAACUAUUGAGCUAGUAAUUUCAUGUCAGUUUUAGUGUUUGGUGUUUUCACUAUGCAGACAAUACAUUUGUAGAAAAUAUAGUACUGUAUCUACUUACUGUGUUAAAUAUUGAAUAUAUAACUGCUUUAUGUUUUGACAUUCUCAUUGUACAUAAUGGAAUUUCCAGCUAAAUUGGCAUGAAUAUAGUUUCUCAUGUAGAACUGUACAUUACAGUUUUUUUUAUUUUUGUUAAGUAGAUUCUUCCCUCUAGCUUUUUCAGUGUUUGGUUUACAAUAGUGCAUGAUGUGCCACAAGACUGCAUUCUCUCAACAAAAAUUCCAGGAGAAGAUUCUCUCAUAACAGUAGAUUAAGUUGUGAAGUUUAUACAGUUUCAGUGAUUGUCCUUAACUGCUGCCCAUUGUCGGAAGUACAGUAUUAAAUUUUUACUCAGAAAUUUUUCCAUCUUCCACUUUCAAUAUAUCAAAAGUUCAGACCUUACAAUUUACAGUAUUGACAUUGACGGACUUGGCCAAAGACUACAGGAUUAUUAGACUUGGAAUCUCAGAGCCCAUAUUUGAAUUUGAGAUGCAGCUACAUUUUAUCCUUGGGUAUAGGUAUAUUUGCAUUGUGCAUAGUACACUUUGUAGUACAAUUAUUUUGUCCAAUUUUUUUGUAUGGGCUUUAGCACUGUUUCUUGUUACCUUGAACUUUAUAGAUUUUUAAUCUUGCUACAUUGGGCACAUAAAUGUUUACCUUGUAUAUGUUGUUUAUUGAAGGCUGCUUGCUAUCAAAUGCAAAUGGGUUCUGGGUUUCUGACCAGUACUCAAUGACCCAACAGUACGACCGAGGACAAGUUUGCAAAGUGACAAGGUGCUUUGAAAGAUGCCAGUUGUUGCUGGAUUAGAAACUUUCACUGCCCUUAAGUUGUAAACUAGCCGAUACUUGGAUUUCAAUGUACCUGUUUGGGAGCUAAGUCAGUGUUCAUUCAUUUUAAAUGAUUGGCCACAUGUCCCUUUAGGAAGUAAUAUUUUAUUUAUUUUUCUAUUUGAGUUACCAUAUUUUCAUGGUCCCCAAGAGUGCACAAGUGUAUCAUGCAUUUCCGUAAUUUGCAGUAUUCAUAGUUGUUUUGUGCCAGGAUAUAUAUUUUUUUUUUACUAUAGGGUACAUAAUGUGAUGUGCUCUACUGUAUGUUUUUUUUUAUUUUUAUUUUUUUUUGUAAAUAGUAUUUUGAACAGAAUGCUUGAGAACUGUGGUUUUGAAUGAGAAAAAGGAAUGCAAUUUUUUUUUCUUUUACCAUUUCCUGGAGAAUACCAUGUACUGUAUAAUUAUUUAGAUAGUAAGUAUAUGAUAAAAUGUAUACAGGAAAGAGAAAUAAAAAAAAUAGUCACUGAUAAA